AUGUGCGCGCUCAAGGUCGGGGCCUGGGCGGUGUGCGAGGACCAGACAGCCGCGGCGCCACCGCCUCCACGGCUGCAGGCACAGCUGCUGCCGCCCACCCGCGUGCAAGAGGGCAUCAUCGCCGACCUGGAGAGGCGCAGGGAGGGGCUGAGGAGGCGGCUGGCGGAGGCGGCGCGCGGAGACGAGCGGGCGCGCUCAGCCCUGGCGGCCCGCCUCCGGCAGAGAGACCAGCUGCGAGCGGAGGCGGCGCGGCUGCUGACGAGCCUGCAGUCGCUGCGCCACUUCGCGCGGGGCAUGCGCCAGUCCGCCUCCCACGUCAGUGUGCGCGCACUCGAGACGAAGGACCGGGAGACGAUGGUCGCUGCGAGCAAGCGGCUCGGGCGGCUGGAUGACAGGCUGCACCUGGAGCAACAGAAGUGCAGCGUGGCGCUGCAGCAAUGUGGCACGGAGCGGGACAGGGUCAUGCAGGCUCUGAGCAGCACGGCGCAGAUCGGCCGGCACUACCUGCGACUGGUGAUGGCAUUGUGCGAUGCCGAGACACUGUUGGGCCGGCUACUGCAGCAGGGGGCCAAGAGCCUGGACGAAGCGACAGAGCUGUGCGGACCCCUGCGAGCUGCCGAGCGACGCCUGCAAGUCGCCGCCACGCCCUCCCACAGCAACAUGCUGACACUGCUGCGGCUGGCAGAUGACUCCCUGGUGCGGUUCCUGGCGCGCCAGCACGCCUCGCGCAGCGGCGGAGCGGCCCAGGCGCGCCUCACGCGCACGCGCGACGUGCGCCAGAAGGCGUGGGGAGACGUGCUGGCCGAGGGCCUGGCACUGCUGUUGCGCGCGCGGGCGUCUCGCGAGGACUGCGACCGCGUGGCAGGUGACCUGCAGCUGCUGCAGCAUGUGGGCGUGCAGCAGAGCCUCAGGCUGCGAGCUCUGCGGCGCAGCACGCAGCAGGAGCUGAGAGCCGUGCUGCAGUGCCUGGAGCACCACCGGGCCGAGCCCGCCGAGCAGGCGGAGGCCGAGACACGCUCACAGAUCCAGGCGACGGCGCACGCUAAGGAGAUGUCAGAGCUGGUGCAGGCGAUACUAAAGCAAGUGCUGAGGCUGUACCGCGCGCUCGGCUGCGAUGAAGCAGAUCUGCAAGAAGAUGGAGGCUUGUCCGCCGACAACCUAGAGAGGCACAUGGCGGCCAUGGCACAGCGCGUACGAGAGAUACACGCUCGUAACCUGCCACCCGAGCCUCAGCCAUUACUGCAGGAUAUGCUGGAGGCUGGCGAAGCUGCGCUAGGGGUCAGCGAGGAGCCAGGCCCCAUGAUGGUGGUGGCCGUAUGCAUGGAGCGAGCUGAGAGUCGUCGCGUUACAGAACGGCGCCCACUGCCCAUGAGUCGCGACCAUGCGCGCCAUCUGCUGCUCACCAGCGACAUCGUGCGCAGCGAGGUGCUGGCAUGUGGCCACGGCGCUGCCUAGCGGCCAGGCUCGUGUUUUUACAGAACCUUUCCAAUGGUGUCUGAUGAAGGUCCGAGACAAUUGUCUCAAAUUGGCGUGCUGUGAAACAGCUAGUUUUCGACUGUGCUGUACUAAACAUCGUGAGACUGCACUGUUUCAAUUGCAGCUUUAGUGUGUGUGUUUUUAUACUACCAUUAUUUACUUUUAUUAUAAUAUAUUUUUCUACCUCAA